CUCAUUGCCACACUGACUGCUAUACAUUUAAAUUGUAUUCUUUACAGAAAAGUUUCACUAGUUGCUUUCUCUCCAACCACGUUCCAACUUAGUUUCCUCCCUCUGUUUUUUUUCUCUACAUCUGUUUUUCUAUUUCCUUCUCUUGCUUCUUUCUCCUUUAACCUUCUUUCCCUGUUAUCUCAUUUCCCCUCUCCCUCUGUCUGUCCGCUGGCCAAGUCCAGCCUGCCCUGGGACCGGGGUCCCAGCCGCCUCGGAGACAUGUCCGGGCCGGCUCAGCCCACUUGCCUAUGGGGAAACCUCGCCUCGUUCGCCGCCGACAUGAGGAAAAUGAUCAACGCGCCCGAAUUCAGUGAUGUAAAAUUCAUUGUUGGAAAGGAGAGGAAAGUGGUUUAUGCUCAUCGCUGCAUCUUAGCCUAUCGCUGUGAGGCGUUUAGCACCAUGUUCGCCCAGCAACCUCUGUCAUGUGAUACAAAAGAAGCUGACAUUCCAUUUGUUCUUUCAGAUGUGCAGCCAGAUGUCUUCCUGGCUGUGAUUGAGUUUCUCUACACAAACUCUGUGAUGCUGAGCAGCGAAAUGGCUCUGGAUGUAUUGACAUCAGCAGUGGAGUAUGGGCUUGAUGAUCUUCAGAAGCUAUGCGUGGAUUAUAUCAGCAGCACACUUACAGUCGAGUCUGCCUGUGAAGCAUUGCAGGCAGCGGUGACAUACAGACAGACCGACAUGAAAGACAAAUGUUUGACUUUCAUCCAGAGUCAUACCAAAAAUAUUGUGAAGACUCAAGGCUUCCAUGAACUUUCUGACCCUGCCAUGCUUGCUAUUCUGCAAAGUGACUUACUCACUAUCGAUGAGCCUGAUUUAAUUAACUUUGUCAGAGAAUGGGCGCAUGUUAAUGCAGUAGUUCUUGACAAGUCAGUACCAGAAAUAGCAAAGGAAGUUGUUCGUGAAUUACGCCUUUUUCUGUUGACCCCUGAUGAACUGACUGCAUUGGAAGUGGAAAACAAGAAAGAUAACUUAAUUCCUGUGGACAAGAUUGCUGAAGUAUGGAAAUUUCAUGCAUUAAAAAAAUCAAGUGGGAUCGCAGUCCAUCUGCUUCGGAGACGGAAAGGAACUCGGCCUCGAGACCAUCACAAGUACCUCACCCUUUACCACAAAUAAAUGUCAAAGCCACAAAAUAAUACAUGGACUGUGUACUUUUAACUUAUGUGAAGACGAUUUAUCAACAGGUGUGGUUUAUAUUGAACCAAAUCAAAUCGGCAUAAUGACCUUACACAGGGUUAUAUACCACCCUUUUUAUGAACUACGCUACUUUUUUGGACUGUUUUGGUAUUCAGCACAUAUUAUAAGAAAGUGUACAUUAGCAUUGGAAUGUCAUUUAUAGAUUUCUCAGUCCCAUUCAAUUGUCUUAGGAUUUUAAAUAAGAUUGCUUCGUGGCAGUUUGAACUAGUUCACAGAAGCCAUGGUCUCGAAAUUGUAGAAUAAUGUGUAGACAUGCUCAUAGUCAUUGUGUAAGGUGCUAAUGACCAUCUCAUUUUUUGGGCUCAUAAUAUUUUUAUAUGCACUCUGUUGAUAUGAAGAUAUCAACAGAAGUACUAGUUUCAAACCAUCUAGGUUUUAAGGAGAAUGAAAAUAUGUAUUUUUAUUUUACCUUUGAAAGUCUGGUGACAUUCCAAUGCAUUUCAUAGCCAAUGAAUUACAUUUUUUUGAUGGAAUUUUUCUCAUUGUGUAGGCAAAGCAAAGUAAAAGGUAGGAGCCAAUGGUGGAUUAUUGUUAUCCCAGUUUCUAGAGAGGAAGAAAUUUCAGGAUACAAGAACAUUGAAAAGUCAUGUAUUAAGGCAUGUCUGGAAAAUUACAGCCAAGUCCUUGCUACCCUGAAUGUCAUGGUUUUUACUAUUGUAAUUAUUUGUCUUAUCCUGGCGCUUCCUAAGCUGGUAAUUGUGCUAAGUAUUGUUGUGAUUUAAACAAUCAGGUUCUCAAGUUGGAUAACAUAUUCAGUAUUAAUAUAGAUUAAGAAAGAUCUAGUAAGUGUCACACCAUUCAAGAGAUUUAAGGGAAAUGUGGCACAAAUCUGGCGAGCAGGUGGUAGCCUGCCUGAAAGAAGCAGCACCAGGCAUGGCCAGAUUUAAUGACCAGUCCAUGGUUAUGUGUCCCUGGACAGCUGCAUAUCCACCUCCCUGUAAUGCGUGGAAUGGGGAAAGUAGCCA